AUGAAAUUCACUUCUAUAUUCUUCACGGCCGCCUUGACGGCGACCUCCCUCGGUAACCCCCUGCCAGAAGAUGACCACCACAUGGCCCAAAAGCGCGCCACAUCCUGCACCAUCAGCGCUUACUCUUCAGUCUCUUCGGCAAAGUCCGCUUGUACUUCUAUCACCCUUUCAAACAUUGCCGUUCCCGCUGGCCAAACCCUUGAUCUUACAGGUCUGAAGAGUGGACAAGUCAUUACUUUUGCCGGGCGUACUACAUUUGGGUACAAAGAAUGGGAAGGUCCGCUUGUUUCUGUCUCUGGUACAGGUGUCAAGAUUAUUGGCGCUUCUGGAUCCGUACUUGACGGGGAGGGUGCAAGGUGGUGGGAUGGUAAAGGUGGAAAUGGCGGCAAGACUAAGCCAAAGUUCUUUGCAGCGCAUAGCUUGAAGUCUUCGAGCAUCGCCAGUGUUACCAUCAAGGAUGCCCCAGUCCAGGUUUUCAGUUUUAGCUCUGCGACGUCUGUGACCGUUACAAAGCCAACCAUCGAUAAUAAAAAUGGAGAUACUAAUUCCCUUGGACACAACACAGAUGCUUUUGACAUUGGCAACAGCGACCACAUCACCAUCGACGGCGCUACAGUCUAUAACCAAGAUGACUGCCUUGCCAUAAACUCUGGUACUAAUAUAAUCUUCACAAAUGGCUACUGUUCCGGAGGCCAUGGUCUCUCAAUCGGUUCCGUCGGUGGCCGUUCAAACAACGUCGUUGACACCGUCACAAUCUCAAACUCUCAAAUCGUAAACUCCGAUAACGGUGUUCGCGUAAAAACCGUCUCCGGCGCCACUGGAAGCGUCACCGGUGUUACAUACUCCAACGUCAAACUUAGCGGGAUCAAGAAAUACGGUAUUGUUAUCCAACAGGAUUAUGAGAAUGGAUCGCCAACCGGGACACCAACCAAUGGCGUCAAGAUUGACAAGUUGAAGUUGACUGGCGUUACUGGAACGGUUGCCAGCUCUGCUACUAAUGUCUAUAUCCUUUGUGGGAGUGGGUCGUGCACUAAUUGGACCUGGAGUGGGGUUAGUGUUACUGGUGGCAAGACUUCCGCGAAAUGUACCAAUGUGCCCAGCGUUGCUAAAUGCUAG